CNGAAGCCGGAGGAUGCCAAGAAGGCGCGAGUGGAGAACAUCGUGUCGGGCAUGAGGUCCAGUCCGGCCCCCCCGCAGGUGAACGGCUGCAAGAAGCGAAAACUCUACCAACCGCAACAGCACGACAGCAACGCCGACCGAUAUAUCGACGACGAGGAGGAGGAAACCGAACCCAUCAAGCAAAAGCGGGUGGAGAAAAACCUGCUCAAGUCGCAGCUGAGAACCAUGCAGGAGCAGCUGGCUGAGAUGCAGCAGAAGUACAUGCAGUUGUGCACCAGAGUGGAGCAAGGCUCGGAGGAGAGCCAGGAGAUCGAGGAGAUCCCCAGUGACAGUGAGCACAGCCCCAAGCGAUCGCCUGCGGCCUCCCCUGUGACCACCACGUCCCCUCCAACCCCCACUCAAGUGACACCCUCUCUAGUGCAAGAGGUAAGCAAGAUGAAGCUGGGACCGCCAGGCCCCCACGGGCCGUUCCACAACGGCCUGCUGCACGCGCCCCAUCACAUGAACAACGCAGCCGCCAUGUACUUGGGCCACAAGCUGCUGAUGGAGCAGGAAGCCCGGAUGGCCAAAGAGGCGGCCGCUGCGGCGAUGAGCAACGAGGUGCAGCAGCAGGCGCAACAGCCGCAGCCCAUGCAGCAGAGCACGCCCAAGUCGGAGCAUGUCUCCGAACGGCUGCAGCUGAUGCGAAACAUUACGACGCCCACAGGGAGCGACCUCGAAGGGCUGGCCGAUGUGCUCAAAACGGAAAUCUCCGCCUCGCUAUCCAACUUAAUCGACUCGAUCCUCUCGAGGUUCGUGCACCAGAAACGGUGCAAGCAGCAGGACGCGGCCAACGCGGCCGAGCAGCUCAACAAAGACCUGCUGAUGGCGUCCCAGCUGCUGGACAGGAAAUCGCCGCGGACGAAAGUGGCGGAGCGGUCGCAAGCGCCGCCGCCCCCCAACCAAAAUCACAUGGUAAAUGGAAAUGCGGGCCCCCAUUUAAUGCCCGUUCAUAGUAUGCACAGUUCGAUGCCCAAAUCGUCAGAUCAUCAUAUUCGACCUCCAAUGUUUCAGCCCCCAAAGCCGCCCCACGGCAUUAGUCAGGCGCCUCUUUAUGGCAUGAACCAUCCGUUUUGUGUACAGAAACAGGAUACUCCCGAACAGAACGAGGCGCUUAGCUUGGUGGUGGCACCGAAGAAGAAACGCCAUAAGGAUUUUCUGCCCUUCAAGGUGACGGACACCCGGAUCACGCCACGCACCGUGAGCCGAAUCCUGGGACAAGACGGGGGCAUGGGGAUGUCCCCCGCCUCCAUGGAUCAAAGUGGCGGCAGCGCCCCUACAUGCCCCUCUCCACGGCCUCCCCCAUAUCACCAGCCGCCACCGAUGUUACCAGUCUCCCUUCCUACGUCGGUGGCGAUCCCCAAUCCAGGCCUGCACGAAUCGCAGGUUUUCUCACCCUACAGCCCCUUCUUCCAUGGACCAAGCCAUGGCCACCACAUGGCAAUGCAGGUCUAA